AUGGAUCUUGAGUUUAAUGCCUUGCUCCAGAAUCACACUUGGCGUCUGGUUAGUCGUACACCUGGCAUGAACGUUGUGGGGUGCAAAUGGGUGUUCAGAACGAAGCGCAAGGCCGAUGGCACGAUUGAGCAGCACAAGGCUCGAUUGGUCGCAAAGGGUUUCAAUCAAGUCGCUGGGCAAGACUUUUUUGAGACUUUCAGUCCUGUUGUCAAACCCACCACCGUGCGGCUUCUUCUCUCUUUAGCCGUUUCUCGCGGUUGGGUCAUUCGGCAGUUGGAUGUUCACAACGCCUUCCUCAAUGGUAAUCUUGCAGAGACAGUUUACAUGAGACAGCCGCCCGGUUAUGAAGACCAGUCACGGCCGGAUGAUGUGUGUUUGUUACAGAGGUCACUCUAUGGUCUUAAGCAGGCUCCUCGAGCGUGGUUCAAUAGGUUGCAUGCUUUCUUGGUGUCGGUUGGUUUUUCACCCUCCAAGACUGAUGUUUCUUUAUUUAUCUAUACUCGUGCCUCUAUUUGUUUAUAUUUGCUUGUCUAUGUUGAUGAUAUCCUUGUUAUGGGGUCUGAUGCUUCGUGUGUUACUCGGCUUCUUACUGACUUAGCCUCGGAGUUUAAGAUUCGUGACAUGGGUGCUCCGUCUUUUUUUCUUGGCAUUGAGACGGUCUCCAAGGAUGGUGGUUUGUUUCUUUCUCAGCAGCGAUACAUGCGAGAUAUUUUGAGCCGUGCAGGUAUGGUGGACUGUAAACCAUUGGCUACUCCGGUUCCUGUGUCCCGACCUUCUUCUGAUUCUGUGGUUCCCUAUGCGGAUCCCACGCAGUAUCGCAGUCUUGCUGGGGCUCUACAGUAUCUUACUGUUACUCGUCCGGAUCUCUCUUUUGCCGUGAAUCGGGUCUGUCAGCAUAUGCACUCUCCAACCACUGAGCAUUGGGCUAUGCUCAAGCGUGUUCUGCGGUAUGUAAAAGGAACUCUGCACUUUGGUAUUUUUAUUCGUCCUUCCUCCUCUGUUGCGGUUCAUGCCUUUUCGGAUUCGGACUGGGCUGGUGAUCCAGCUGACAGGAAGUCUACUAGUGGUUUUGCGGUUUUUCUUGGUGGCAAUCUGAUUUCCUGGUCUUGUCGGAAGCAACGCACGGUUGCUCGUUCGUCUACAGAGGCUGAAUACAAGGCUCUGGCUGAUGUGUCUGCGGAGGUCACCUGGUUGGUUUCUCUGUUGCACGAGCUUGGAGUGUCAUUGGCUGCUCCUCCCACUCUCUGUGCAAGUGAAGAGAUUAUGCUUUCUAAUUUAAAUGCAAUGCAAUGUUAA